CGAUGAAGGCUUACAGCUUGCAAUGUAACGGAGCUCAGCAAUUGAUGCCACCACCGCGUCUUCCUCGAAAUCUGCGGUCAUGCUACCCCCCCGCGACCGCUCACCAGGUUCGCUGCGCUUCCAAGACGGGCCGCGUCCAAUCCUCCAUCGACGGUCAUGACCCUCCGCAAAGCUCGAGCGCGGCCGGCCAUCACGGGGAGACAAGUUCAGAUAUAGGGGAGAAAAAGAGCUGGUGGGCUGCGACUAUGAGCAGGGCCGCGUCGUCAGUAUCGAGGUCUGUUCCUACGGAGCCGACCGAGCGCGGUUCACAGCCAUCCAACGCCCCGACGGCGUCUUCUCCAUCACCCAGCGGGGGCGGUGCGCAAAUAGUCCAAGGGAACGUGCAGGGGACGUGUAGUGAAGACGCUCAAGGAGAGCACGUAGGGGAGAAGAAUUUGGAAGCUGGCAGGCGAUUCCGGACGCAUUUUGCCAGGUUAGUUAUCAGGAAACAGUGGAAGGAUUCUUCGAAGCAACGGAAGGUCGGGUCAAAGAGUGCGCAGCCAGGGCUCUGGGUUCAGCGAGUUGCUUCCAGCAAAGAGAGUCGUUGCACCGCCCUAUACACUAAUCUACCUACAUCCGCUUCUCGUCCGAGUGCUUCACCGUCCGCAAGUCAGGCAUCUCAAAGUGUCGCGCAGACUGGCGAGAAAAUUGCAUUUAACAAGCCACCUCGGCAUAAACUUCUCCUGUACGCCUGCAAUCGAUAUCAGCUCUUGAUCCGUCUCUUUGUAACUACAGUAAUAGCUCUCGAGGACGUGUCGCCACGAUCAACUACGCCCAUAAUAUCGUCUUUUUUGCACCGGCUACGCGUGAUAGCGCGAGACGCUGCUAUAGAGAAAGACCACAGGAUAGAAGCGUUGUUGCGACGACACGCAGGAGCUAUAAAUGCCUUUGCUGCCAAACUAGGUUCACUUGGCUCAGAGUCAAGCACGGUGCCCGUAGUUGUGCCGUCCCCCGGGAGUGUUUGUUCUGGAGAAACGGGGCUAGACGUGGCAAACCUCCAAGCUCAGAGCCAAGAUUCAAAAUCAAUGUCUAACGAGGGCGCAAGUAAAGAUAGUGCGAGCAAGGAUGGCACGGCGGAAGACAGGAAGACGGAAAGUAAGAUAUUAAAGAGGGAGGAUGACGGUCAGAGACUCACACGACUGAGCAACACCCAGUCACACUCAAAGAGUUCAUCAGACCACUUUAAGGUCUUCGCGUCCACAGCCAUGACCUCACCAGAGCUAGCAGCCGAUGCGAAAGACUCCUCGACCAUCGAAACACCUCCAAAGUCCUCACCUCGAACUAGUCGAGUCAGCAAGAAAUCACUCAUGGAAGAACUCUUCCCAGAAGCGAGUAGCCCUCGUCCACAGCACUCAGAAAAGAGAGACCAGUAUCCAAAGCUCGACUUGCCAUAUGUCACGCCCACCACCCCCCUACGCGUUGUAGAGGAGCGCAAGUCUCUAAAAGAGCAAGUAAAUGAAUCUUUCCAGAAAUCGGGAGAGCAGACCACUGUGCUUCAGCUGGCCCACUGCAGCACAGAGCUUACGGAGGCUGACUUCCUUCGCGUAAUUCCUAAGGGCAAGCACAUUGAAUCAUGGCGUCGAGAAGGCGAGUUCGACAAGAUUAUCCCUGGGCGCGACCCGUUGAGCCUAGAGCGCAUGCCAUUCUAUUACAUUCUCUUUAGGGACCCAAUAUCUGCGCUUGCAUAUCAGAAGAAUGCGUCGCGUCUCCACAAACUUACCGCGCUUCACCAACCCUCCAACAUCUUUUCCGCCAUUCCACCGCCAAAAGGCUUCCUCGAAGAUGGCGAAGACCUUGAUAAAGUCACGUCAUUGUACAACCUACUACCUACGCAGCACCCCAUCAGUCUCCUCACGAUUAUGCAACCCUAUCACUCUGCUCUACGCGCCCUGAUCGAACGAGGCGGUUACCAACCUAUCAUGCCUAAUGUCGACGAAACUGGAAAUCGGAUUUGGAAAGUGUUAAUGCGCAUCGAAGGGCACGAGCCAUCUCGUACUGACCUCUUCAAAAUCCUCCGCCGGGUCGCGUACAUGCACGGUAUGCCACUCACCCUACGCAAUGAAUCAAGCACCUCGAUUCACCGCCUCCGCGACCUCGUCAAUCUCAAAACCGCUACCACGCCGUUAUCUUCUAUCGGACCCCGCGCAUACGGAUCCUUUGACCGUGAUAUUGAGAAAACUAGGGCAAGUGUAGACUUUGAAGAUCCCGGGAUACAAGUCCUUAUGGCUAGUGCGGGCGAAGACAGUACGGCCCAGGAGGUUCAUCAGAUGGUGAUGAACCGCGUCUACAAUCGAUGGGUUUUGGAUUUUAGUGAUGAAAAUGCUGCUAGGAGGUUUGCGCUUACAUGGCACAGAAGAGCGCUGCCGGAUUGGGAGGGGGGGAAGACGGAGGGGAUGGAUGUGGACGAGGUACGGAUGUGCAAUACAGAGGUUCUUUGGUGAGGAGCUGUAGAAUAUGUACUAUAGUGUGAUAGAUAUAUGGGUGGACGACGCAUGUGUCUAUGUAUAGCGUGCAUGGCCUCUGUGAACUUAUUAGCUUCUUGAUUUCUCCAAUAAUAUUCCUCUCAAUCAGCGAUAGCCCAAAGUGGUAUUUUGCCGAUCU